AGAAAAAUAGACAUUUAAUUUCUUGGUCACAUAACGUAGAGUUUGGUUCUUAGUUUUCAAAAUGAAGCAAAAGAAUUUUUAUUUUUAAAUUUUGAAAGGGUAGCUUACUGAUACGUUAAUAAUGGAGGAUAGAAGUGUUACCAAGACCAAGAUGCUGCUUGCCUUCCUGGUGCUUUAUGCAUCAACAACUUGUUCCCAAUGCGAUGCUGCAGGCACCAUAUCUGCAAGCCAAACCGUUAGAUAUAAUGAAACCAUUGUUUCACCACAAGAAACUUUUGAACUUGGUUUCUUUAGCCCGGGUAACUCCACGAACCAUUAUGUCGGAAUUUGGUACAAGAAAAUAUCAAUCAAAACCGUAGUAUGGGUAGCCAACCGGAACGCCCCGCUCAGGGAUGCCAAUGGCAAGCUAACUCUCACCCUUCAGGGAGUUCUUAUUCUCCGGGACACCACCAUGGGGACUAUCGUUUGGUCGUCAGAGAACUCAUCAACAACAUCAGUGAUGAAUCCUAUUGGUCAACUUCUUGAUACAGGAAACUUUAUAAUCUACGAGGAAGGUGAUGAUCACAAUCAAGAAGAUCCCAUAUGGCAAAGUUUUGACUUUCUGACAGACACUUUACUUCCUGGAAUGAAGAAUGGCAAGAAUUUGGUUACAGGAAUUGAAAGAUACUACACAUCAUGGAAAUCUGAAGAUGAUCCUGCUGCCGGUGAUUUUUCUGUUAGGCUUGAUAGCAGAGGCUACCCUGAGUUGCUGCUCCUAAGGGAUGGCCAGGAGAUAAAAUUCCGCUCAGGUCCAUGGAAUGGACUCAGGUUUAGCGGGAAUCCUAAUAUGAAGCCGAACCCGAUUUACAAGUAUACCUUUGUUGUUAAUCAGAGAGAAAUUUACUACCAAUAUAAUCUUGUAAAUACUUCAGUUUAUACGAGGCUCGUGGUACAACCAACUGGUCAUAUAGAGCGCCUGUUGUGGCAUGAUAGCAAACAAAAAUGGGACUUUCAUUCGGACCCAGAAAGUGAUCACUGUGAUCAAUACGCAGUGUGCGGGCCGUUCGCAAGCUGCAACAUUUACAACUCCCCAGUUUGUUCAUGUUUGAAGGGGUUUGAACCAAUAUCUCCUGAUGAGUGGAGAGUUGCAGAUUCCACCCAUGGGUGUCGGCGUACUGCCCGUUUGGAUUGUGGACCUGGGGAUGGGUUCAUCAGAUAUACAAAUUUGAAGUUACCCGAAACGCAGAGGUCAUGGUAUAACCAGACGAUGACCCUUGUAGAGUGUGAGAAGAUGUGUAAAACAAAUUGUUCGUGUACGGCUUACACAUAUUCGAAUAUAUCAGGGACUGGGAGUGGUUGCUUGCUGUGGUUUGGCAAUCUAACUGAUAUCAGAACGUUUGCUGAAAAUGGGGACACUCUUUAUGUACGAGUGUCAGCUUCAGAGUUAGACUCAAUAAAAAACAGUAAAAGCUCAGGUGCAGGGAGAAGAGUACGAGUCCUAGUCCCAAUGGCACUUGUAGUUUUGGCCAUGCUACUUUCAAUGUGCUUAUUUUAUCGUUAUAAUAUGAAGAAGAAACAGCAACAAGAGACAUCAGGAAACAAUGAAGAUCUAGAGCUACCACUAUUUGGUUUGUCUACAUUACUUAAAGCUACAAACAACUUUUCAAUCAACAACAAACUUGGAGAGGGAGGAUUUGGACCAGUUUACAAGGGUGUACUAAAAGGGGAGCAGGAAAUAGCAGUGAAGCGUCUAGCAAAAACAUCAACUCAAGGACUUCACGAGUUCAAGAAUGAAGUCAUCUUGAUAUCAAAACUACAACAUCGGAAUUUGGUCAAGCUCCUGGGCUACUGUAUAGAGGGAGCAGAAAAGAUGCUGAUUUAUGAAUACAUGCCAAACAAAGGCCUUGAUUCAAUCAUAUUCGAUAAAACUCAAAGUGAACUCCUUGAUUGGCCUGCACGAUAUCACAUAAUUCUUGGAAUUGCUCGUGGGCUUCUUUACCUUCACCAGGAUUCUCGGCUCCGAAUCAUACAUAGAGACCUCAAAGUCAGCAAUAUUUUGCUUGACACAGAUAUGAACCCAAAGAUAUCGGAUUUUGGCUUGGCUAGAAUUUUUGGAGGAAAUCAGUUAGAGGCAAAUACAAACAGAGUGGUUGGAACAUAUGGCUACAUGGCGCCAGAGUAUGCCGGAAGUGGUAUAUUUUCGAUAAAAUCAGACGUAUAUAGCUUUGGGGUAUUAGUGCUGGAAAUUGUAUGUGGGGAAAAAAACAAAGAGUUCGUCUACAAAGACAAUUGGAACAACCUUUUGGGAUAUGUAUGGGUACUCCAUAAUGAAGGUGAAUCCUUGCAAUUAGUUGCCAAGUGCCUAGGUGAAUCAGUCAAUGUGUCUCAGGUUCUACGCUCAAUCCAUGUUGGUUUGUUGUGUGUUCAACGUCACCCGGAAGAUAGACCCACAAUGACUUCUGUGAUCAUGAUGUUGGGGAGUGAGGGUCCAUUGCCUUCACCUAAAGAGCCGGGAUUUUAUGUUGGAAAAACUAAGCAAGAUACUAAUCAAUCUUCAUGUUCAUAUGGAACAGGUUCUAACAAUGAACUAAGCAUUACAAUGUUGAAUGGUAGAUAAACGGAAGUUGCAUUUAUUGAAAUAAAGAACUUCAAGCUUUAAGUUUAUUAAGCAUUUCGGAUGCAUAGUCAUAAAUAUAGUACCGUGUAUAAAAUGUGAACUUCUAUAUAUCUUGCUAUUUGCUAGGACAGGGAUGUAAAGUCAACAUGUAUCACUGAUAAGUUAAUUAGUGUAAAAUAAACUUGCAUUUCAUUAA